AUGCAACUGGAUGUUUUCCAGCUGGGCGUGCGCGCGCAGCAACCGCACGCGCGAAUACGAGCGCCUGCGCUGGCAGCCGCACGGAUGCAACAUGCAGCGCUUCAGCGCGGAGGGGUUCUUUCGGAGGUGAGGGCAGGCCUUUUCCAGGUGUUUUGCAGCUGGGCGUGCCCGCGCAGCAACCGCACGUACGAGCACCUGCGCUGGCAGCCCAAAGGGUGCAAUGUGGAGCGCUUUAGCGCGGAGGGCCUUUUCCGCAGUUACUCCCCUUGCCUUCCCCCCUACUCUCCCCUCUAUGCCAGCAGCAGUUGCUUUGUGUUUCCCAGUUGCUCCCCUUCCCUUCCCCUCCUCUCUCCCCUCUAUGCCAACAACAGUUGCUUCAUGUUUCCCAGUUGCUCCCCUUCCCUUCCCCCCCUCUCUCCCCUCUAUGCCAGCAGCAUUUGCUUUGUGUUUCCCAGUUGCUCCCCUUCCCUUCUUCCCCCCCCUUCCCCUCCCCCCACCCCCCUCUCUUCCCCUCUAGGCCAAUACCAUUCCACCCUGCAUCCUCCAUAUUCUCCCCCCAUCUUCCUGUUAGAGACUAAGGACGGAGCCUAG